GUCGCGCUGUCUCUAGCGAAGUCAGCGUAGGGACUUGGUAGUUGGUGUUGGUGGCCCUCUGUUCCCGGGUUCAGUCGGCGGUGUUAGUGCGGCGCAACCAUGGCAGAACCUCAGCCCGCGUCCGGCCUCACUGACGAGGUCGCCCUCAGUUGCUGCUCCGACCCGGACCCUAGCACCAAGGAUUUUCUGUUGCAGCAGACCAUGCUGCGAAUUAAGGAUCCUAAGAAGUCACUGGAUUUUUAUACUAGAGUCCUUGGAAUGACGUUACUUCAAAAAUUAGAUUUUCCUACUAUGAAUUUUUCACUCUAUUUCUUGGCUUAUGAGGAUAAAAAUGACUUCCCUAAAGAUAAAAAUGAAAAAUUAGCAUGGGUAUUCUCCAGAAAAGCAACACUUGAACUGACACACAAUUGGGGUACUGAAAAUGAUGAGACUCAGAGUUACCACAAUGGCAAUUCAGACCCUCGGGGAUUUGGUCACAUUGGAAUUGCUGUUCCUGAUGUAUAUGGAGCUUGUAAAAGAUUUGAAGAACUGGGAGUCAAAUUUGUGAAGAAACCUGAUGAUGUUUUUCCAGUAAUGAAAAAUUUCAAUUUACAGGUAAAAUGAAAGGUCUGGCAUUUAUUCAAGAUCCUGAUGGCUACUGGAUUGAAAUUUUGAAUCCAAACAAAUUGACAACUAUUUAGUUCAUGAGAAUGGUCCUUUAAGAUGUCAGUGAAGAUGGAGAAAAGACUGGACACAAUAUGAUUCAAGAUAUUCAGAUACCAGAAGCAUCUAGAACCAAUGGAUCAUUGUUCAAAUUCAAAUUAUUUAGUCCAUUUCUCUUUCCUUUUUCAUGUUUUUUUUCCCACCCAAGUGAUCAUUCUAGUUUUAAAGUAGUGCUUUAUCUUAUGACCUUGAAUGUAGCUGUAUGACUUUACUUUUUAGGCAAUAAUUAUAACAAUUCCUUUAGAGGCUGCAUUUGCUGCCUUCUGUCUCUCUUCAGGUCUGCCUUUGAAUCAUCAUCUUUUGAAAAAGAAACAUUUAUCAUUUUUUUGUGGCAGUUAUCCUCUGGGGUUUCAAUUCCUCAGAAAUAACUUUUCACAAUGGAAAGUAAAGAACACUGAACAAAAAUGAAUCUUCAUGUGUACUUCAAA